AUGUAUCUAUUCAUCUCCCUCUCACUCAGUCUCUUCAUAUCCAUCUCUCUCUCAUGCUCAGUCUAUUUAUCUCUCUCUCUGAGUCCCUUCAUAUCCAUCUCUCUCUCAUGCUCAGUUUAUUUAUCUCUCUCUCUGAGUCCCUUCAUAUCCAUCUCUCUCUCUCUCAUGCUCAGUAUUUCUCUCUCUCUCUCUGAGUAUCUUCAUAUCCAUCUCUCUCUCUCAUGCUCAGUCUAUUUCUCUCUCUCUCUGAUCUCUUCAUAUCUAUCUAUCUCUCUCUCUGAGUCUCUUCAUAACCAUCUCUCUUUCUCUCUCUCAGUCUCUUCAUACGCAUCUCUUUCUCUGUGCCUCUGUUAUUUCACAUUGAUAUAUAUCUGUCUCUCACUGUGUCUCAUCACAUUCAUCUCUCUCUCUCUUUACAUCCAUCUCACUCUCUCUCUCUCUUCCAUCUCUCUCUCUCUCUCUCUUUUCACAUCAAUUACUCUCUCUCGCUUCAUAUCCCUCUCUUUCGAUGUUAGUCUCAUGAGAUCUAUCUGCCAAAUCUUUGGAAGCAUUCGUCUCUUCAUAUCCAUCUCUCUCUCUCUCUCUGUGUCACUUCACAUCCAUCUCUCUGUCUAUCUCUCUGUGUCACUUCACAUCCAUCUCUCUCUCUCUCUCUCUGUGUCACUUCACAUCCAUCUCUCUCUCUCUCUCUGUGUCACUUCACAUCCAUCUCUCUCUCUCUCUCUCUCUGUGUCUCCAUCCAUCUCUCUCUCUGUCUCUGUGUCACAUCCAUCCAUCUCUCUCUCUCUCUCUGUCACUUCAUCCACAUCCAUCUCUCCUCUCUCUGUGUCACUUCACAUCCAUCCUCUCUCUCUCUCUCUGUGUGUAACUUCACAUCCAUCUCUCUCUCUCUUCUGUCACUUCACAUCCAUCUCUCUCUCUCUCUGUGUGUCUAUCACAUCCCUCUCUGUCUCUCUCUGUGUCAUCUCUCUCUCUCUGUCUGUGUCUAUCUCCUCUUCUGUCACUUCACAUCUCUCUCUGUCUCUCUCUCUCUGUCUGUCUCUCUCUCUCUCUGUCACUUCACAUCCAUCUCUCUCUCUCUCUGUCUGUCUCUGUCACUCACAUCCAUCUCUCUGUCUCUUCACAUCCAUCUCUGUCUCUGUGUCAUCCAUCUCUCUCCUCUCUGUGUCUAUCUCUCUCUGUCACUUCACAUCCAUCUCUCUCUCUCUGUCUAUCUCUCUCUGUCACUUCACAUCCAUCUCUCUCUCUCUCUGUGUCUAUCUCUCUCUGUCACUUCACAUCCAUCUCUCUCUCUGUCUGUCUAUCUCUCUGUCACUUCACAUCCAUCUCUCUCUCUCUAUCUCUCUAAACCCAUCCUUCAAACUCGAUGAUCGAUUACAGGCGAUUGGCCCUUACUUCUUUUCAGUCCAUUACAUAUUAUUAAAAACUUUCAUUAAAUUAAGUAGCUUUCUUUGUUGGGUUUUCUUUGGCGUCGUGGGGCGGUGGCUGAAGCAGUUUCACUAUUCUUCUUAUACUAUUAAACCUUUUUAUUAUUGUUUUUUCCCCCAGUACAAGUCUCAGGUUAUUUUCUUUUAA